UUGAUUGUUGUUUUGGAUUUUGUUUGGUGGGUGAGGUGAAGAAAAUCAAACUUUUUAGUUUGGUGGUGAUAUUUUUUAAUAUUUGUUAUAUAAUUCUAGUUAUACCAAGUUCAGAAUUUUGAUUUUUAGUGAAAGAAAUUAUCAUCACUUGAAAAAUAUGAAUAUUACCGAAGAAAAUAGCUGGAGAACAACUCUCUUUAGAAUUCAUAUCGUUCGGAAGAUUGAAGAAGAAAUCCUUAAAUCCGGUAUAUCAACGAAUAAAACUAGUAUGGAAAUGGAAAAUCAUCUGUACCAAAGAGCGAACACCAAAGAUGAGUACUUAUAUUACGUUGCAAGACUGAUACUACAUCUAGGAGAAAUGGGUUCAAAUCGAAGAGAUCAAAUGGAAGCUGCAGGAGGACCAAUUUUUCAAGAUAAUUUAGUAAAUGAACCUAGUGAGGAAUAAUUAACCUUUUCGUGUUUAACGUAACUUUUCGUCAAAGUGAAUCUUUCAUAUAUUUUUUUUUCAUUCAUUGAAAUCGCAAGAAAUUAUGUUAACUUAUUGCAAAUGUGAUUGACUUUAUGAUAUUUUUUGUAUUUUAUGUUUAUAAGGUAUUUAUUUAGAGAAAUAAGCGUGUUUUCAAUUAGGUAUAGAGUAGUAGGUUGGUCAAUACCAUAAUUAUUUUUAAAAGUACGUGUAUUCAAUUUUAGAGAUUAGACUAGAGUAACUUGAUAGGUACGCAAUUUUAAGCUAUCUAUUGUUGAUUAACUCUGUAAAAGUGUAACCGUGCAAUAGUAAUUUUCUAAUUUUACUACUCCAAGACUUUUUUUGUUGCAAACACGUACGUAAACGCAACGUCCGACAUUUGAAAUCUGAAAUGGAAAAUGUAUUUGUUUCCGGGGUAAAAUAAUGUUAUUGAAAUUAUAGAAUUGAUGAAGUCA